GGAGCUGAAGAUGGCUUCGCGAUGCGCUACGGCGGUGCAUAGAUGCGUCAACGCUCAGCUGUCAGGACACACGUUUAUAUGAAAAGGAAGGUGGGAUAAAGAAAUAUUUGGAAGAAGACACGCGAACCGUUUAGAUUUAUGUCUCGCAACGGUGCACAGUGCUCUUUGGUUGUUUAACAGUCAGGGACAAUGAGUUCGACCACAGAUGAAGAAUUUAAAGAGAAAUUACUAUGGAACGUGAAAAGAGAGGUGAAGCAGAUUAUGGAGGAGGCUGUGACCAAGAAGUUUGUGCACGAGGACAGCAGCCACGUCAUUGCACUUUGCAGCUCCAUCGAGGCUUGCUUAAGCCACCUGCUAAAGCGUCGUGCCGCAGGGUUCCUCCGCAGUGACAAGAUCGCUGCUCUCUUCACUAAGAUCGGCAAGGUGAACACCACAGCAAGCGACAUUUGUCGCAAGGUGCAGGAGCAGCUUCAGCAGCAGGCCGAAAUCUCCAGGAGAAGUCAAAGCACAGCGCAGGAGCCGCUCAGGAGACAGGGCUCUUCUUCUGCCGGGCGAGCACCUCAACCUCUCUCUGCCCAGGCCAUCAAGCACAUAUGGGUCCGCACGGCCGUCUUCGAAAAAGUCCUGGACAAAAUUGUGCAGUAUAUUGUGGAUAACGCAAGUAAGUAUUAUGAAAAGGAGGCUCUCAUGCACGAUACAGUGUUUGGCCCUAUACUGGCGGCACUUCUGGUGGGACCUUGCGCACUGGAGUACACCAAGCUCAAGACAUCAGAUCAUUUCUGGACGGACCCAUCAGCCAACGAGCUGGUGCAGAGGCACAGAAUCCACGGGGCCCACAGGAGCCAAGAGGUCUCGCCGGGACGCAGGCCUGCCCUUGGGAUUCGGAAGCGGCAGUCCAGUGUCAGCGUGUCUGAGGACAAGUUUGCAGCCUCAGCGAGAGAGUACGUUGAAUCUCUCCAUCAAAAUUCACGCGUUCACCUGCUCUACGGAAAAAACAACGUAAUUGUUCAACCGAAGAAGGACAUGGAGGUUUUGCGUGGUUACCUGUCCCUUCAUCAAACGACAGAAAACCUCACGCUAAAGUGGACGCCCAAUCAGCUUAUCAACGGCACUUUGGGCGACUGUGACCUGGAGAAGAGUAUUUAUUGGGAUUACGCAUUGACUGUGCCUUUAAGACAGAUCGUCUGCAUUCAUUGUCACCAGCGGCCGGACUGUGGUGGUACUCUGGUGUUAGUAAGUCAGGAUGGGAUCCAGCGGCCUCCUCUACACUUUCCACCUGGUGGCCACCUAUUAGCUUUCCUGUCGUGUUUAGAGACAGGUCUGCUGCCCCGGGGUCAGCUGGAGCCGCCCCUCUGGUCACAGAGGGGUAAGGGCAAAGUCUUCCCCAAGCUGCGUAAAAGGAACAGCACGGCCCGUUUAGUAGAUCAGGAUGGAGAUGGCGAGGAACAGAUUGCUGCAGACUACGUGUUUCGUAUCGUUUAUCCAGGACAGCGUCCCGACUCAACAGUCACUAUAAACUACCACCACACCACGGGCAGUCGUGCGCCCUCUCUGGACGAUGACGAGGAGGAGGAAGAUAGACUUCACGCAAUGAUCUCAAUGAUCUGCUCACGGAACCUCACAGACCCUAAUGUCAUGAAAGUAGACCAUGGGGACAUGAUGGAUAUGCAAGGCUUUGGCGGCAGCCCAUUGUCAUGGCAGCAGGGCGAGUACACCAGUCAUAUGUCAUCUUGUCAGUCCUGCUCCACUGGGGGCAGCAGCGCUUCAGUCGAGCUUCCCGCAGGCUGCACCUGCGUGCAUGACCGUAUUCCACUGAAGAUGUUGUGCCAAAAUAUGAAGAGACAGAUUGUGUCUCGAGCAUUUUAUGGCUGGCUUGCCUACUGUCGGCACCUGUCUACUGUAAGGACUCACCUCUCAGAGCUGGUCAACCAUAAUAUUGUCUCUCCCGACAAACCGUGCGAAGCUUCCGGAGGGCUUAGUAAAGAUGUCUGGAGUAAAUAUCAAAAGGACUGUAAGAAUUAUAAGGAACUGGAGCUGCUGCGAUUGGUUUACUAUGGAGGGGUGGAGCAUGAAAUCAGAAAAGAGGUGUGGCCAUUUUUGCUGGGUCACUAUAAAUUUGGAAUGGACAAGAAAAACAUGGCCCAGAUUGAUGAGAAGAUCACUGCCAGGUAUCAGCAGGUGAUGCGGGAGUGGAAGGCGUGUGAGGUCAUCGUGAAACAACGGGAGAAAGAGAUGCAGUCGGUCAUCUUUGCCAAGCUUUCAUCGGGCAGCAGUAUAGACAGUCACGUCCUCAGACUCAUUCAUAGAGACUCAACUAUGAGCAAUGAGGUAUUCAUGUCAGUGGAAGAACCUGAUGCUGGGGGUCACGACACCUCAUGUGAGGGAGGAAGCACACCCACCUUAACCACUGUAGUGACCCCGGCUGUGUUAGCUCCAGACGAGAGACCUCUAGUGGAGUUUGACUCUCCAGAUUCAGGUCUGCCCUCCUCGAGAAACUAUUCUGUGACGUCUGGACAUUCCCAAAUCAUGUCUAGCAUCGAUGAUGGACAGAGCAUGGAGGAGGACACCACGCCCCCUGGAGGACUAGAGGAGCAGGGUGGGCAGGACUCUCUGUGCGAGGACAAACUCUGUAGUCAACUGGACAAACUCACAACCACCAAUGAGGGCAGCGCUCCGUCCUUUUCGUCAUAUACGAUUGAGCUGUUGGACACGGUGGCAUUGAAUUUGCACAGAAUAGAUAAAGACGUCCAGCGCUGUGAUCGCAACUACUAUUACUUCACUACCAGCAACCUGGAGAAACUGCGCAACAUCAUGUGCAGUUACGUGUGGGAACAUUUGGAGAUUGGCUAUGUGCAAGGCAUGUGUGACCUUCUAGCCCCUUUGAUGGUCAUUUUGGAUGAUGAGUGCUUGGCCUACGGCUGUUUCACUCAGCUCAUGAAAAGGAUGAGUCAGAAUUUCCCUACCGGAGGAGCUAUGGACACUCAUUUUGCCAACAUGAGGUCACUGAUACAGAUCCUUGACUCGGAGUUGUUUGAGCUCAUGCAUCAGAACGGCGAUUACACACAUUUCUACUUCUGUUAUCGCUGGUUCCUUUUAGACUUCAAAAGAGAGCUUCUCUAUGAGGAUGUGUUUGCCGUAUGGGAGGUUAUCUGGGUCGCCCCCCGUAUCUCUUCCAAGCACUUUGGACUCUUCAUUGCCCUGGCCUUGGUUGAGGUAUACAGGGACAUCAUUCUAGACAACAACAUGGAUUUUACUGACAUCAUCAAAUUUUUUAACGAGAUGGCAGAGCGUCAUGACGUGCAGCACAUCCUCCGAAUAGCGCGCGAGCUGGUACACAAGGUGCAGACCCUCAUCGAGAACAAGUGAGGGUGGAAGAAACAGAAGACUAACGCCUACCGAGCCCUGCCUUGCCACUUCUGAUCUUCUCCCAGACUUUGGACCAGCCAGUUUUUACGUCUUCGGCCACAAGGCCCUCGACUUCUGACUUCUCUUAAUAUUGUUUGCCUGCCACAGAAUGCCGUUGUGUCAGACCCUGGCGUUGUCUGCAUGCUCGUGGAGUUUUGAGCACACUGUGACUGAGGUUUUCUUUCAUUUCUUGCCGUACACGCCUCCAGCACACACUGCACAUAUCAGGUCCCUUUAGUCUUAAUAAGAAACGAUGAGCCUCGUGCAUCGGGCCACAGCUGUUUCUGUUACCCAGUAGUCGAAUCGAAGACUUAGUGGUGACUUACUGGAGGGCUGUGGUGGUUACCAUUCGGUUUACUCAUAAUAAAAGCUGCAUUAGAUCGGUGCCCCUGAAUAAUAACUAAGCCACGAAGAAGUUGCUAAAACGGUGUGUGACCAAAAGGACUGUGCCAAUGAAAUUGUUAUAGUAUUUAUUGUUUGGUUUUUUUUGCCUUUGAUUGCUUCUUCUGUACGAUUCCCUUACUAUUUUGGCC